GUUCCACCACUGCGGUGCGCACUACCUCUACGACUUCGACAACCCAGCCGGGGCUUGCUACGAAUGGUCAUCGUCAAAGAGCUGCUGGAACCGAGGCAGCGGCUGCAAGACCCAUGUCGAACAGCGAAAACUGAUUGCGCGAAAGGCAAAUCUGUGCGAGGUGCCGCUGAUCGCAGUGGAGGGCAAAAGGUGCACGACCACUCCUUACACGUUUGACAGAAGCCAGAGCUGCGAUGGGUGGAGUGGGUUGACAGAGCAAGAGUGUAUGGAGAAGUGCAACGACAACGCUAAAGCACCAAACUGCCCUCGGAAAACAUGCCGCGCCGCGGCCUUCUAUCCGAAGAGUGGCUGGUGCCAUUUGUACGAAUCCUGUCCAGAAACCAAGCCUUUCGACAGCGCAACUGCCAUCAUCGACAAGGUACCGAUGAAGGGAAUCGAGGGCGUUCGGUGCAAGAGCAGACCCUACACGUUCAGCACAGCGGAUCAAAGUAAUAUCUGCGACGGCUGGAGCGGUUUGACGGAGAAUCAGUGUGCGCUGAAAUGCAGCGGCAAUGAGCGGGCAAAGAACUGCCCCCAGAAAACCUGCGUUGCAGCUGCUUUCUACAAAGGGACGGGCUGGUGCCACCUCUAUGACUCUUGCCCUGACAUGGACGAGGUCUCCACCGCCACGGCAAUUAUUCCUGAGGCUGCCCGCUGGUGUCGCGGCAGCGUCAUCCCAGAUACGGCCUGGAGUUGCGAAGAGAUCACGGACAGCAACGAAUGCGCCAACUCCUUCACAAGGAGCAAGGAUGGACACUACUUCCAGCAGUGCGCCAUCACCUCGCUCCUGGCCUUUUUUGAGGUUCCGUCUACCUACCCGAACAUCCCGAACCCGUUGUGA